UGCAACGCUACUACACUCUGAAUGGGGAAAGGAGCGAGAUUUUCGCGAUAGUCGUUCAGUAGUACAAAACUGUUCGCGCUGUAUGUGUCUACAAUCCUACUGUGCUCGGACCGUGCUACGAAGUAUUAUAACAAUUAUAUUUAUUGUUUCUUAAGUAUACAUCAAGUGAAUGAUCAGUUAUUAAUAACAGAGGAAUUAAACGAUGGAAUAAGGAUUUCAAAUUUAACUCUUGAAGGGAAAUAAGCAUACGGGUCUUGAUGGAAAAUAACUGCAGCUUGACACAUGAGCACCGCAAAGUGACGUUUGAGACGCCGCAGAUAUCACGGCUGACUUUGGGAAAGCCCCCGUUUCCGACGCGAAAACUAAGUUUUCCAGCCGCACUGCACGCGAAUUUACUCGGAAUCGCAUCAAACGGAAAGCUCGACGAUAAACAGGAACAGUACAAUGCGAAACGGAGGUUCAGCAAUGUCAGCGAUGCUGUCUCGAGAAAAUUAUCAACGACAAUCGGAUGGAGGAUUCCUGCGGUUCCUCCGAAGGACGUGAUUGCUCAGGGAAGGGUUUUGUGUGGUCAGUAUAUAAGGAACCGUCUGAAGAGGUCGGGGAUUUUCAACAAGAAGAUGGGACUGUACAGGCUGCGUAGCAUGGUCGGAACUACCAGUGGGAUAGUUGUUAGGGAAGUGUUUCCAGGUUUGAUUGGAGCUGGAAUAGAAUUGGAGAGGAUGCAUCCAAAGCUGUACACAAACGUAGCUCGACACACUAGUUUAACUCCAGGCGGAAUCAUUGUAUCCGACGAGGCAGCUGCCGGUCUUUUGGUGGCUAUAGGACAUCAGCUAUUUAAGUCUGAUAUCAGUUGGGGAAAAGUGAUCUCCAUAUUCGCAAUAGCCGGAGGAUUAGCCGUUGACUGUGUGACGCAGGGGCAUUCAGAAUAUAUCAACGCUCUAAUGGAUGGGAUGGAGGAAAUACUUAGAGUUGAUUUAGGCACUUGGAUUGCUAGCAACGGCGGAUGGCCCGCAUUAACCCAUUUGUGUCGAACGGAAGACGACGAAGUUACGCUCAUUGAAUACGUUACCUUAGUUAUUAUAGUCUUACUUUUGAUAUUGAUUUUCUACUUCAUAUUUCGCCUUUUAGUAAGAUUAGGAAUUUUUUAACAACUAACUUAUUUAUUUGAUAUCUGUAUAUUACAUAGUAAGAACAAAUUA